CGCGGGUUCGCGUGGAACGGUCGCGUGUAAAGUCUGUGUCGGCCGCGUGACGUGCGGAGCUGUGUUCGCGCUCGCGUACGCGCCGCAUUCCAUCGUGGGGGCCCUUCGCCGCCAUUGGCCGAUCCCGCGUGACGUCACCCUCGUAAUGAGGUAUUCAACAUGGCCGUGUAGCUAGUUCGCGAGUGUGCUUCGUUAUUCGUUUGAAUGGAUUUAAUCAGUGAAAUAUGCCAAGGAGACGAAACGGUGAGAUACCCUUGCCCGACGGAUGGGAUUAUGCGAGGGACUUUGAUGGAAAACUGUAUUUCAUCGACCAUAACAGUAGAAAAACGACGUGGAUCGACCCGCGAGACAGAUAUACAAAGCCCCAAACGUUCGCGGACUGCAUUGGCAAUGAGCUGCCCCUGGGCUGGGAGGAGGCCUACGACCCUCAGAUCGGGCCAUAUUACAUCAAUCAUGUCAACCAGGUGACGCAGUUGGAAGACCCUCGGUUAGAAUGGCUGGGCAUCCAGGAAGCCAUGCUGAGGGACUACCUCCAUACUGCCCAGGAGGCUCUAGAGGCAAAGCGGGAGAUGUACGAUGUGAAGAAGCAAAGGCUGUGUCUCGCCCAGGAUGAGUACAAGCAUCUGAAUAACGCACUAUCUACCCUCGCAGCAUCCCGGACUAGCUUAUGCUCGUCUACGACAUCAGUGACAACAACGUCAACGACAUCACGUCAUGACCCCGAGCUUCUACGAUCUGAGGUGACGCAGGCUCGCGGGCGGGUAGCGCAACUCAGGAAGGAGCUCCGGCAGGCAAGAGCUGAGGUUGCCAGCGCGCGACGAGGAGUUGACACUCUUGUUGAAGUGGAACAAAAGUUGAGCUCUCAACAGGGAUGUUACAACAUCACCGAAGCUCAGGCGAUAAUGACUGAGCUGAAGAACAUUCAGAAAUCACUAACGUCUGGUGAGAAGGAGAGAGCUGACCUCAUGCAGUCACUGGCCAAGCUAAAAGAUGACUUGACGAGGCUACAACUUGCAGAUGCUUCUCCCGACUUAUCAACGUUAAGUUUGCCUCAAGAGAAACUAAGCACUGCCUCUCAAACGGAUCUUUGUGCGGACUUAGUACCAAUCGGGACUAGAUUAGCAGAAAUGGCGCGGGUUCGCCUACAAUACGAUGACGCUAGAAAAAGAAUACAACAAAUACAGCAACAAUUAGCUGAUUUAGAAGACAAAGUCCAGCCAGGACAAGCAGAAUCCGACAAAGAUCGUCUUUUAUUAUUCCAAGAGAAAGAACAGUUACUAAGGGAAUUGAGAAGUAAAACUCCCAGAACAAGAUCUAAACAAGAAAUGAGUGAUAUACAAUCAGAAUGCAAAAGAUUAGAGCAGGACUUGAAAAAUGCAUUCGAAAUGUCCAAUAAGUGUAUAGCAGAUAGAUUGAGGCUACAUGAAGAGAAACAACUGUUGUUACAGCAGUUAAAAGACGCUUUGACGUCUAUGACUACGUUGGAAGGGCAAUUGAAGACGCUAUCCGCGUCUACCUUGUCUGUAUCGAGUAGUUCGAGCUUAGGGUCCCUUUCUACGGCAAGCAGUAAAGGCUCCUUGAGUUCCGGGAUAAGCUUUACUGAUAUCUACGGCGGGCCGCAGAUAGCCAGUACGUUUCAAGCGGAUAAACCUAUUGAUAUGGUAGAUCUUCAUCGACGAGUCGAAAGGCUACUCCGGGGGUCAAGUUUCAACGCGGAUAGUGCAACACCUGCUGCAAGCAGUUCCCCUUCCCAACCUUCUUUAUCCCCGAGGAGCAGUCUAUCAUCAUCUAGUCCACCACCACCGCCACCUUCUUAUAAUCAGGUGGAAAGACAGAGGCGACAACAGAGGGAAUUAGAAGAAAAAUUAGCUGAAAUGAGAAUAGGUGUUGCGACAGGAUUGAAUGAAGUUACUGGGCUUUCAACUAUUCCUGUUCAAUUGCAAGGCCCCGGUCGGCCGUGCGAGCCUCUCUCUCCAAUAUCAGAAACUCCACCACCACCGCUCUCGCCUAGAACUCCCUCGUCUAGUGGUACAAAUACUAGAUCGGUGUCGGCAGCAGUGAGCGACGAGUCGGUGGCAGGCGAUUCUGGCGUGUUCGAAGCCGCGCAAGGUGGAGAUGCCUCAAACGCUGUGAACAGUGCCCAAAUUGAGAUCAAAUUGCGUUACUGUUCCGAUGAAAGCGCGCUUGAGAUCGGCAUCCUGAGGGCGCGGAACCUUCACGCCUUGUACAUCGAUAUGGAGACAGAAGUGGCAGUUCGCGGGGCGCUAGUAGUGGGUGGUGGCGGUGGUAUCGCCUUCAGCACCACUGCGAUAGCGUGGCGCGGCGCCACUCUGUUGUGGAGGAAGAAUCAAAGGGCUUCUUUAGGUCCAAGGGCUCUGAGAGCCGCUACACUACAGUUGAAUCUAGCUGCCGGUGCGGAGUGUUUGGGUUGCACGCAAGUCAGUUUAGCGGAUUUCGAUCCAGAAAAUGUGUCACAGAAAUGGUACAACGUGUUGAGCUUCCGAAGUAUGAGAAGGGAUGAGAGUUCUGACGAGUCCACUGUUAUAUCUUCGCAGACGUCAACUCUUACUAGGAAUAGAGGUCCUGAGAGUAUGACGGGUGCGGAAUGCAACGUUGAUUGUGGAGAAAAUUCGGCUUCGGAAGAUGAAGAGUCAAGAGAACCGCUAAAUCAGAUAGUAGAGGAAGACUCUUUCGAAGAUUACAUUCCCGAGGAGGAUAUAACGCUGGAAGAUGAGUUCUUACACCCACCCACUGCGGAAAAAGAAACCAAUACCGAGUGCAACUUCUGUCCGGAAGGAAGACAGCUCCAUAGAAGGAAAAGUCAACAAGUUAGCUCAAACCCCGAAGAGUCGCUAGCGACUAUAAAACGAUCUCAGACGUUCUCACCGCAACCUCAGAGCAUCGGCAAAGGGCAAUACAUUUGCAGACUAAAUCGUUCGGAGUCUGAUUCCUCGAUGGCGCAGUACGCAAGAAGGGUUACGUUACAACCUCCACCUGUGGGCAUUCCGUUCGAUAGGAGUGUUCGAGAGAGGAGAUCCUUGAGAUGGGGCCGUGGUAGAGGCGGCGCGGCACGUAGAGCCACCACCCCUCGUUCUAAAUCAGCAAGGACAUCUCUAGACUUGUCUCUGGACUUGCGAGCGCAACACACCCGUUUGGCUGAUCUGAGGCAGGAGAUCACUCACCUUACGCAGCUGAAAAAGAGAUUAGAAGAGGCCUGCGCUCGAGGCGAUCCCGCCGUAGCUGCGUGGGUGGCAGAAGACGAAACUCUCAGGAGACUCAUCUCAGCCCCAGCUGAGUCUGGAGACAGAGUAUCUAGAUUGUUCCACCGCACGUGCCGUGAGAUCUUCCGCCUCAGGAAGUCCAGACAGGGAGGAAGGAAACCGGACUUGGUCACCUUCAAAGAAAAGAUGGCAUUCUUCACCCGACAGAAACUCACGGUACCACUACCAGACGAAGAAGGGGACCUUUCCGAAGACGAUUGGGAAGAGCUGGAGGAAAGACGUACUCCAGACGGUCGCUCCUCCAAAACUUCCUACGAACUCCGCAAUCCAGGAACCAGUAAUCAGGAACCGACGCUGAUAGAAUGUAAGAACCCCUGCAUCCCUGAACCGUGCUAUGAGAACUUGCCCGUGAAGAAGGAUGAAGAAGAUGAAGAGAAGACUGAGGAUGUUAGGUAUGAUUUUGUUGUGGACCGAGUUUUGGGUGUUCAGGUUUGAAUUAGGAUUGGGUGGUUUUGACUGGGCUGUACCAUUACAUUUUAAUAAUGGAAAAAGUAUUAUUCAUUAAGGUUUAUUUUUCUUCGUUCCUUUGUUCUUGGUAUUUUAUCACGCCCUACUUUUGUUUUUGAAUAAAUAUGCCAAUUACAUUUAGAGAAAAAAAAAUGGACUGCA